UAUUGAAAUAUUUUUCAACAUGGCGCUAGGUUGUGCAAAGUGUGUAUGUGUGAAAGUGCAGUGAAAUUAUGUUAAAUCAAUCGUUAUUAUAAAUAUAUUUAGUGAUAUAAGUGUUUAAUGUGUGCUUUAAUGCAGUGGUUUUCUUAUGAUGGCUUUGGAUUUACGCCUGCAUUCACCUGCAGGCGCGGAACCUGUUGUUUAUACAUGGCCCCUCACUUCGGGUCAUGGCUCGGACAAACACGACGGCGCCUUGGAAAUAGUAGAAACAAUAAGAUGGGUGUGCGACGACCUGCCCGAGAUGAAGGCGGCGCUGGAGAACAACAUCCUGUGCGAGUUCGACCCGCGCUCGUACGAGAGCAUGCGCGCGCUCUGCGACCGGUUCAACCGAGCUAUAGACUCCGUCGUCGCACUGGAGAAAGGCACCUCUCUACCCGCGGCACGCCUCAACAAGUAUCCUUCGCGGGGGCUGCUGAAGCACAUCCUGCAGCAGACGUACAACCAGGCGGUGUCCGACCCGGAGCGGCUCAACCAGUACGAGCCCUUCUCGCCCGAGGUUUACGGCGAGACGUCGUACGAGCUGAUCAGCCAGAUGAUCGACCAGAUCUCCAUCACGGCUGAGGACGUGUUCGUGGACCUCGGCUCGGGCGUGGGCCAGGUGGUGCUGCAGAUGGCCGCUGCUACCCCGUGCCGGAUCUGUCUCGGGGUUGAAAAGGCGGAGGUUCCUAGCAGAUAUGCUGAGAGCAUGGACAACCACUUCAAGAUGUGGAUGAAGUGGUACGGCAAAAAACACGGCGAAUACAAGCUGAUAAAGGGAGACUUCUUACUAGACGAGCACCGGGAGAAGAUCAACGCCGCCACCAUCGUCUUCGUCAAUAACUUCGCCUUCGGACCACAUGUCGACCACCAGCUAAAAGAGAGAUUCGCGGACCUAAAAGAUGGCGCCAAAAUCGUGUCCUCAAAAAGCUUCUGUCCGCUGAAUUUCCGCAUCACCGACCGGAACUUGAGUGACAUAGGCACCAUCAUGCACGUCAGUGAGAUGUCCCCUCUCAAGGGAUCUGUCUCCUGGACUGGCAAGCCCGUCUCCUACUACUUACACAUAAUCGAUAGGACCAAACUGGAGAGAUACUUCCAAAGACUGAAAAAUCCGAAAGCCAAGGUCAGCAAAAGGGGUCAGAAUGACGAGGGAGAGACCAGCGGAAAGCGGAACAUCAGCGCACCCCCUACCAGGCAAUCCACGCCCGACCUAUUCAACGGCAAUAGCAAUCAUAGUACGGGGUCCCUCCCCGAGCGUCGAAGAAAGGUCACGAGACCCCGAGCAGUCAGAGCGGACAUGGGCCGGACGCGCGGGCGCGCCACCGCCGCGGCCAAGCGCCGCGCCGCGCGCCGCUCCACUGAGAGUGAAGAAGAACAGAGCGGCACCAGUGGCACCGACGACGAGCCGCCCGCGCCCGCGCCCGCGCCGCGCGAGUGGGGCGCGCCCUGGGCCUCCUGCGACACUGGUCGUCGCGGCCGCGUGGCGAACAAACGCAGCGCUUCCGCCGGCAGCGGCGCGGGCAAUCGCCGGCGACCGCGAACUAAGAGACGAAGGAAUAAUGGAGGCUCUAUUGCUGGAUUGGACUUGCUGCAUUCUACUACGCUGGCUAGCACUGUGGAGAAUGGCGCGGUGACAGCGCCACCACCGGGCUGCGUCGAACAGCGCCUCUCCUCGCUCGGAGCCCUCCAACCCCCCUCCCGCCUGCACAAGGAGCUGUCCAUCCCCCCCGCGCCCACCCCCUACAGCCUGCAGGUGCUACUGGAGCUGUUCCGCGAUCAGUACCUCGCCUUCACCGGCCGCCUCGCCGACCCGCAGUACGAGCGCGAAGUGAGCCACGCCGUGGACAAGGAGAGGGAACGGAAUCAAAAGCUCAAAUCGCGAGCUUCACAACUGGACAAACAAAUCAGCGUGCUCAUAAGCGAUAGUGUGGCGCUACUCAAGGCGCGUAUGAGCGAACUGGGAAUCCAUGCGAGCAAUACCGUCGACCUGUUGGCUAAAGCCAAGGAGAUUGUGGGACGGCACAAGGAGUUGCAGAGCAAAGCGAGCAAGCUGCAGGCGCAGGUGAACAACAUAGAAGCGGAACAAGCGAUGCUGGUCAAGCAGCGAACGUUCGAGAUCACGGAGAAGUACCGACAACUAGGUCACUUGCCUCCCGAUGCGGAGAUCACGCAGACUGCCGCCCAGGAGUGUAUACUGAAGGAGAUUUCUGCUACCCUGGCGCAUAGGAAAAGACUGCAUGCUCAGGUGGCGCACCUCCAAAGCGAGAUCGUCCAGAUCGAGAAAUCCUCCGACACCGUCAAGCCCGGGUCCGCCGGCGUGCCCGUAGCCACGGUCAAGCCGCACACGGUGACGCAGAAGCCGCGCAAGCCUCGCGAGCACCGGCGCUCGCAGGACUGGCCCGACGUGCCGCUGGUGGGCAAGAUCCUCGAGCGGGACCCCGAGAUACUCGCCAUGAAGAUACUCGAGUAUCGAUUUAUCGAGAAAUCCUCCGACCCCGUCAAACCCCGGUCCGCCGGCGUCCCAGUAGCCACGGUCAAACCGCACACGGUGACGCAGAAGCCGCGCAAGCCUCGCGAACACCGGCGCUCGCAGGACUGGCCCGACGUGCCGCUGGUGGGCAAGAUCCUCGAGCGGGACCCCGAGAUACUCGCCAUGAAGAUACUCGAAACCGGCCGCCAGAUAGAAGCGGGCAAGAUAUCCAAGCCGAACGUCAUUGUCAACGGCUACACACGCGAACCAGACUACCGUUGCAACAAGCCCCGCGCGCCCGCCCCCGCCCCGCGCCUCUCCCCCGUCAAGCCGCAGAAACCGCUGAAUGUGGUGAAUAAAGUGCAGGAAUCGCCGAAAGUGAUAAAUUUCGAGGACCGACUGAAGAGUAUAAUAACGUCUGUGCUGAAUGAGGACCAGGAGAGACGGCCGGCGAGGCCGGUGCAAGGUGAAUAUCAUAAUGGAUACCCAAACCCGGGCUACCGGCCGCAGCCGUUCCGCCCGAGCUACCUGCGAGCCCCGCCGCCGCAGCGCCGCGAGCGGUACUUAGAGCCACGCCCCGCGCCGCCGCCCCCGCACCCCGCCGGCCACCCCUCGCAGCCCGACUACACGCAGGUAUCUCCUGCGAAGCUCGCCCUCCGCCGGCACCUGUCGCAGGAGCGGCUGAGCGCGCCGCGCACCAUCGGCGACCUGGUGAACGGGGAGAUCGAGCGCACGCUGGAGAUCUCCAACCAGAGCAUCAUCAACGCGGCCGUGAACAUGAGCGCGAGGUACACCGCGCCGCCCGCGCCCGCCGCGCAGCACCCGCCGCUCGAAGGUCUAGCGGCAUGCCUGCAGGCUCGCGUGCUAGCGUCGGAGUACUGGCGCGCGCGCGCCGCCUCGCCCGCCGAGCGCCCGCCCUCCGCGCCGCCGCACGACGAGCCCAGGCACAUUGCAUCAGAACCAGAAGAAGUGGAAGAGACGAAAUGGCAAAAGAGCAUCGCGUUCCGUUUCGACCAAAUCAUCUCAAUGGCGUCGACCGCCAUCGAGGAGAAGCGAGACGAGGCGUGCAACACUUCCCCGGACUCGGGCAUAGGGGGCCCGCCGCCCGCGUCGCCGCCCGCACACUUCAAGAAGCGCUUCUUCCGACGCGAGCGCUGGGGCGCGUGGGCCGGCUCGCCGCCGCCGCCGCCCGCCACGUGACCACUGCGCUGUCGCCCCCCGCCACUCACUAUCUAACACAUGACCAGACCACUGUGGAACAAAUAGGCUAAGGCUGUAAACUGUGUAAGCAGGUGCGUCGUGAACGUUGUGAGUGACUUAUGUGACGUGGAUGGUCAAUUUAUGGUUUUGUUUUUUUUCUGAAGGAUAAUAUUGAGCGUUCCGCAACAGAGGUAGUAAUGACUAUUUUUGCAACGGAAGCGGGAGCUCGUUUCGUUUUCGGUUCUUACACAUGUUACUGAUAAAUAUAUUGGUAUUUUUUUUUGUUAUUUCUUUUUUUCGAAUAUGUAAUGUAAUUAUGUAUAUUAUUGAGUUUAUUUUUACGUUUAAGACUUAUAAUUUAAUUUUAGGUUAUGUGGGUAUGUUUUAGUUUAUUGAGGUGUUUAAAAAUGAUCGCGUCGUAUUUAAUGUGUUCAUUUAGCUGUAUAAGUCUGAUACAGUCAGUGCGCUAAUCGAGUGGCCGUCUUUCGAUUUGGUUUGUUGUUUUUCGUUUCGAGUUUCGUCGCAGAAGGAUCAGUCUGAAUAAUGUUAAUCAUUUCUUUGAGGUGUUAUAUAGUUAUGAAAUUGAAUAGCGGGUUUAUAAAUAGAGUUUGAGAAUACCUUGAGCAUAGUAGGUAAAUUGUAAUUAUUAAUUAUACGAUAGAUUGAUAUAAUAUUGUCUGACUGCAGUAGCUGUGGGCCUUACGUUACACACUUACAUAAUAAGAAUAGACACUGCCAGCUUAAUUAUAAUAACGACCUUAAACAAUAAAAUCCCAAUAGAGAGAUCUAGAAUAACCCGAUAUUGCCUAAAAUAUUUAGAUGUCAUUUCACGAGAGGAUAAAGUAAAUUAUAAUAGUAUGUAAUAUUUUAUUGUGAGUUGCAGCCUUUUUGCAAAAACACGGGCUUUUCCUGUGCAAGUUUACACGUGAUUAUUUUACCAUUCAGUUUGUUUGUUGGAUAAAAUAGUAGAUAUAUUUUACGAGUACCUCUGAGCGCCUUAGAGAAAAAUUCUAAAUAAUCUGUAUGUUUAUACAGACACACCAAUUGCAUGAUAAUUGAUAACGAUAACUGCCAUCUUACGAGUUCGUAGGCUAAGUGAUUCCGCGAUCUUUUCAUUAGUUUGUCAGCGGUGUUUUUUUACUGAUAUGAAAUAAAUAGAUAGUGCCAAAGUAUUUAAAUUUUAUUUAAAAAACGCAUGAUUAGAUUUAAUAAAUUUGACAUGUAUAAUAUGAAUAUUACUUAUAAAAACGCACAUGUUUGAUGAUUCGGUAAUUUUAACUACUUUUACUCACCAUAUUAGCUGACAUUAUUAAAAGCAUGAAAAUAAAUUCGGUAUUAUGUUGUUGAUUCAAUUAAGAAGAGUCGAGAGAACUUCGACUACUUCUUUAUGUAACAAGAAGACUAAUAAAUAUACACACCAAUCUCAUGUAAUACAAGUUUUGCAUUAGACUAAAGUGUUUAUUUUUAUACAAAUCAAUGUACUUACCUAAUAAUAAUAAAAUCACUUGUUUAAUUUGGGUUGUCACCAAAUUGAAAAAAUCAUAAUAUUUGACUUAUUUAAAAGCAGCUCUUUAUGGUGUAAGUUUUUCUCACAUCAGGUCAAUAAAUUUAGUAAUUAUGUAAAAAACAACAAAUGAGAAGCAAUAUUGUAUAGAGUGCCCUUAAAUGUUCGAUCAUUUUACUGACAAAUCAUAUCGUGGAUUGUUCUUAUGUAUUUUAAAACUCACUAUUAGAAAAUUAGCAUAGAGAAGGGUGGCUUUGUAAAUCAUCCAUAGUGGUAGAAAAUUAAUUACUAAUUUAUCUACAUCCGCCUUUAGACAUAAGAAGUAAGAUCAAACUGCAUUAUCUUAUGAGCACAGACUUUGUAACUUCUCACAAGGAAGCUAAAAUCAAUAAAAUUACAAUUUCAUAUGUGUUUUUAAUGAUUUUAGUCCAAAUUGAUGAUUGUUGAGUUUUCUCAUUGAAGGGAAAUGUUUUAUAUAAAUCGAUAACGUAACUAAACUAGAUUAGAUUUUGUCGCGACAUAUUACUAAGUGAAUAUAGGGUAACAAUCGGUAAACUUUAAAGGAUAAUGGAAAUUGUUGUAGAUUUCAAUCGGUUUUAAGGAACUCGGUGAUUGAGAUUUUCAAGUUAUAAAUAAUUGUUAUACAUACAGCGGCGCUCUUGCCUUAUGACUUUUUUUAAAUUUAUUUAGUCGAGUUGAAAAAUAGCAAGAAUUAGAUACACUAAACCAGCCACUUAGACUUAGUAUAGUCAGAGUCAUGUUUUCUUCAACAAAAUCUCGUUUCCGAAGUAUGUCCCAAGUAAAACCAAAUUAUAAUACGACUUACUGACUACUUACCUUUAUUUUAUUUAUGAUAUGGGGCAAAUCCUUAGGGAAUCUAACUAAGGGCUUGAACCUAAUUAGAAAUCCCUAGUUAGGGUGGUCGCUUCUAGCUGGACGUCGCUGUGUGUAUUUCAGCUAUUGGUGUGCACUGGAUUGAAUGUGCCUGAAAAACUCAUCAAUGCCGCUUUUGACCUCAAAUUUUGUGUCUGUGUAUUGUAUGUAAAAAUAAAUUAAGUGUAAAAUCAAUUCUAAAGUACCGUGGAUAUAGGAGGCAUUGGCAUAGGUAAUGGCAAGUUAACUCAAAGAGCGUGAUUACAUUAUUCAGUAUGUAACUAGGUUUAUUUUUCGAUAGAGAUUUGAAAUAAUCGUGACGGUAUAAUGUCUAAAAUAGUACAAAUGAGAAGACUUAUUGUCGUAAGCCUCGGACUAUUCAACAUUGCAAAUGCUAAGUUUGAGAUGUAUCCCUGUGUACUAGUUUUAUUUUGUACUAAAAGUUAAAAAUAAAUUGAUUAAAUUAGA